CGGCCUGGGUGCUCCUCCGCGAUCAGGAAACGCGAAAGAUGGCGACUGUUCAGCGACGUUGAGGCCGCGUUAGGCGGUUCAGGCGCGGGGUGGCCCCUGAAAAAAAUGUGCUUGGAGCUCCUGUGCACCCUUCACAUUUUUUCCAUUGCUUAAUUAGAGAUGGCCGGAGAACUGGCUGACAAAAAGGACCGAGACGCAUCACCCAAGGAGGAAAGGAAGCGAUCACGGACUCCUGAGAGAGAUCGCGAUAGAGACCGGGAUCGGAAGUCCUCCCCGUCUAAAGACAGGAAGCGGCAUCGCUCACGGGAUAGGCGUAGAGCAGGGAGCCGUUCUCGCUCUCGGUCCCGUUCCAAGUCCACAGAGAGGGACCGACGGCACAAAGAGCGGGAGCGAGAUAAGGAACGGGACCGGAGUAAGAAAGAGAGGGAGCGGGACAAGGAUGGCCACCGCCGGGACAAGGACCGCAAAAGAUCCAGCUUGUCUCCUGGUCGAGGAAAAGAUUUCAAGUCUCGGAAGGACAGAGAUUCUAAGAAGGGUGACGAGGAUGAGCAUGGGGACAAGAGACCUAAGAUCCAGCCACUGUCCCUGGAGGAACUUCUGGCCAAGAAAAAGGCUGAGGAAGAAGCUGAAGCUAAGCCCAAAUUCCUCUCCAAAGCAGAGCGGGAGGCUGAAGCUCUGAAGCGGCGGCAGCAGGAGGUGGAGGAGCGCCAGAAGAUGCUCGAAGAAGAGAGGAAGAAAAGGAAACAGUUCCAGGAUUUGGGCAGGAAGAUGCUGGAAGAUCCUCAGGAAAGGGAACGGAGGGAACGGAGGGAAAGGAUGGAGCGGGAGACCAACGGAAACGAGGACGAGGAAGGGCGGCAGAAGAUCCGGGAAGAAAAGGACAAGAGCAAGGAGCUACACGCCAUCAAGGAGCGUUACCUGGGUGGCAUCAAAAAACGGCGCCGAACAAGGCAUCUCAAUGACCGAAAGUUUGUGUUUGAGUGGGACGCGUCUGAAGACACCUCCAUUGACUACAACCCGCUGUACAAAGAACGGCACCAGGUGCAGCUGCUGGGCCGAGGCUUCAUUGCAGGCAUCGACCUAAAGCAGCAGAAGCGGGAACAGUCGCGCUUCUAUGGAGACCUAAUGGAAAAGAGGCGAACCCUGGAAGAAAAGGAGCAGGAGGAAGCAAGACUCCGCAAACUUCGUAAGAAGGAAGCCAAGCAACGCUGGGAUGAUCGCCAUUGGUCCCAGAAGAAGUUAGAUGAGAUGACAGACAGGGACUGGCGGAUCUUCCGUGAAGACUAUAGUAUCACCACCAAAGGUGGCAAGAUCCCCAAUCCCAUCCGGUCCUGGAAAGACUCGUCUCUGCCCCCACAUAUCUUGGAAGUCAUUGAUAAGUGUGGCUAUAAGGAGCCAACACCUAUCCAGCGUCAGGCCAUUCCCAUUGGGCUACAGAAUCGUGACAUCAUUGGUGUAGCUGAGACUGGCAGUGGCAAGACGGCGGCCUUCCUCAUCCCGUUACUGGUCUGGAUCACCACACUUCCCAAAAUCGACAGGAUCGAAGAGUCAGACCAGGGCCCUUACGCCAUCAUCCUGGCUCCCACCCGUGAGUUGGCUCAGCAGAUUGAGGAAGAAACCAUUAAGUUUGGGAAGCCACUAGGAAUCCGCACCGUGGCUGUCAUUGGUGGUAUCUCCAGAGAAGACCAAGGCUUCAGGCUGCGCAUGGGUUGUGAGAUUGUGAUCGCCACCCCAGGACGUCUGAUUGAUGUGCUAGAGAACCGUUACCUGGUGCUGAGUCGUUGUACCUAUGUGGUUCUGGAUGAGGCAGAUAGGAUGAUUGACAUGGGCUUUGAACCAGAUGUGCAGAAGAUCCUGGAACACAUGCCUGUCAGCAACCAGAAGCCAGACACAGAUGAGGCUGAGGACCCGGAGAAGAUGUUGGCCAACUUUGAAUCAGGAAAACACAAGUACCGACAAACCGUCAUGUUCACGGCUACCAUGCCCCCAGCAGUGGAGCGUCUAGCCAGGAGCUAUCUUCGGCGACCCGCUGUGGUGUACAUUGGCUCUGCGGGCAAGCCUCAUGAGCGGGUGGAACAGAAGGUCUUCCUCAUGUCGGAAUCAGAGAAGAGGAAAAAGCUGUUGGCAAUCUUGGAACAAGGUUUUGAUCCGCCCAUCAUCAUUUUUGUCAACCAGAAGAAGGGUUGUGAUGUGUUGGCCAAGUCUCUGGAGAAGAUGGGGUACAAUGCCUGUACACUGCACGGCGGCAAAGGCCAGGAGCAGCGAGAAUUUGCAUUGUCCAACCUCAAGGCUGGAGCCAAGGAUAUUUUGGUGGCUACAGAUGUGGCUGGUCGUGGUAUUGAUAUCCAAGAUGUGUCUAUGGUUGUCAACUACGAUAUGGCCAAAAACAUUGAAGAUUACAUUCACCGAAUUGGCCGCACGGGAAGAGCGGGCAAGAGUGGUGUAGCUAUCACCUUCCUCACCAAAGAGGACUCAGCCGUGUUCUAUGAGCUGAAGCAAGCCAUCCUGGAGAGCCCGGUGUCAUCUUGUCCUCCAGAGCUGGCAAACCACCCAGAUGCCCAGCACAAGCCGGGCACCAUCCUCACCAAGAAACGCAGGGAAGAGACCAUCUUUGCUUGACGCAGCACCUGAAUGGAUUUGAAGCCAUGCUCUAAAGCCGGUGCCUGCUCUCAAGCCCCCAUGUCCCUGUGCAGGCUCCUGUUCCGGCCUAGGGCUUAGGAAGCAGUCACAUUCCCUGGUCUGGAGCCCACCCGUGAGGUGGGUCCAUGGGGACAGGAAGGUGUAGGAGGCAGGAGGAACAGAAUCUCUUCAGGUUCAGCUCAGCUCUGCCCCUUGCAGCCGUUGUCCUGGCUGUGGGGCGGCUGUCUAGCACUCUCCCCAGCCUGAGCAAACACCUGGUCACCUGGAGGGCACUUCCUUCCUUAGCACGUGUGUGACUGUACUGCAGUAGUUGCCCUGAGUGACCCAGGGGAUCUGGAUUGUGAGGACUGUGGACCUUGGACUCUGUCACUCUGACAGCUGGUUUCCCAUUCGGAGUUUCAAGCAGGUUGGCGCCUUUGGAGUUGUGCAGCCCUACGCCGCGGGUGCUGUGCACUCAGGCGACCCGCCCCCCAGGGAAUUUUAUUUUAGAUGGGGGGACAGGAGGAGCUGGCUGUGUCCAUCAUUAAGUCAGUGAAAUUUCUGUUUUCUAUUCUCUGAGAUGUUUGUAUGUUCUGAGAAUAAACACAUGAAUAUUAAA